AUGAACCCGGUUAUUGACUACUUUGAUAUCAGAUAUUACGCUAAUAUCUCGAUUGGAAGUCCGGGUAAGCUUCGGGAAUUCGUGGGGCUUUGAUGAAAGGAGGUUGCUGUAAAGGGCAUUAGCCAGAUUUUGGCGAGAAUACCGUAAUUUUGAGGACAGGAUUUUUCAAAUUUCGGCCGGGUAUAUCUAUGUAGGUCAGCCAUCAAUUUCAAGUGCCUAGGAAUAGAUAUACCGGCUCUUGCAAGCUUUUGAACUAAAUAUGUAAAACAAAAUAUGGCCGAACAAUGUGCGAAGACGUUAAUGAGAAUAGUGCUUCAAGUGGAGCAUUCAGAUUUGUUCGAAAUUUCGAACAUAGUUCAUGAGCUGGCCGCAUAAUCAAUCCUUGAAGUUUUAGCCCCCAUUUUCUGGCGAGACAUUCAAGGACCACUAGGCAAAAUGAAAAAAGACAUGCCUCUUUUUUGUCUCUCCGCGGAGCAUUGUUAAUUUCUGCAUAAACAUUGCAGCGAUCGUAACUGGCCCUAAGAUCAAUAUGCAUAAAACCGUAAACAAAGGAUCAAGGUUUCCUAAUCCGAUUGUUGGUUUUCUCCGCCGUUAAUGUAAAGCGCGAGCUAUAACUUUCAGAGACCGAUUUGUGACUUGUUCAGAACCCGCAUGCAAAAGAAAACUUCCGUAUUGAGCUCUUGACUUGAUUCUUUGUCUUUUGAAACUUUUAUUGUCCCUUUGUUAGGGAAACUCUUUAUCACCGCCAUGGCUAUAUAUAGUCUAUCAAUGCAAUAACAACAUGAUGAUUGCUCAUUUUUAUAGCUCAAGAGUUCCGUGUUCGACUUUGCACUGCUGGCGCCGAGUUCUGGGUGAUCAGCAAAGAUUGCACCAAGGAGUAUUGCGACAAAGAUAAGAGGACUGGCUAUGAACAUCAUAAAUAUGAUCCGGAGUAAGUCAUUUAAAAAGAAUAUGCAGAUCACUGCGAAGGUCCUGCAAAGUCUUAAACAGCAGUCGUUCAAACCUUCAUCGGCCACUGUUACAAAAGACGAAAAAAGGGUUCGAAAAACACGAUCAAUAAUCUUUGUGUUGCAGCAAGUCCUCCACACACGAAUUCGAUGGACGAUACUACAAAAAGAGUUACGAUGGAGGAAUGGUCGUUGGACAUUAUGCCAAGGAUACGCUGAAUGUAAGGAUAAAGGAUAUCUCCGAGGCACAUAGAGCCGUAAAAAAUCAUUUUUCCUUUGCAAGUUCUGCUUGAAAAAAAAGAGAGCCAAAACAGGUUUUAAGAAAACUUUCUACAACAAACACCCAUUUAGUAAAACCUAUCCAUAACAGACACUAUUAAACGUCUGGAAAUUCAACUUUAAGCCAAGCAAACUUCAUUAUUUUCAGCUCGGCUCCCUAACAAUCAAAAAUCAGCCCUUUGGAAGUGUGGACACAUUGUCCGGUUUCCUAGCCAGUGAAGACAACGAUGGAAUCAUGGGAUUGGGAUGGCCCUCAAAGGAAGAUGAGCCCCCUCUCUACAAUGUCUUACACUCUUUGGAUCAGCCCUUGUUCACGGUCUGGCUGGCUCGACACGACCAAAUUCGGGAAGGAGAAGCCGGUGGGGCCAUAACUUACGGCGGCCUGGACAAAUUACAUUGCGGAGAUGACAUCAAAUUCGUGGAGCUAAAAAAUGAACCGGUAAGGGGUUUCGUCAAAUUUGGGUGUCAAUUUUUAAUUCUUUUUUCUUUGAUUUUUUCAACGAAAAGUUUCGAAAUUUUGUUUUCUGGCAAUUUUUUAAAUAGAGUAUUUGGUAGUCGCACUCAUCUCAUUUCUUCUGUAUAUUUUGUUUUUUGAAAUGUUGAAAGGCUCAAUCAAAUUGAGACAGAACUUGAAAAUGGGAGCGGCUAAUCCGCUUUUAAAAUUGAAAUGAAUCAUCACUAAAACCAUCUUAAAAAAAUAAUACAGAAAAACUUUAGUGUCUAAAUCCACUUUUGCGGCGAUUUCGAUAUUCUAAACAGCUUGCAACAGAAUGCCAAGAUUUUAGGAAUUUUGCGCGAAAUUGAUUUUUGAAUUUCAAACGAUAAAAAGCAGAAAAUUAAAGCUGAAUGAAUGUCAUUUGUAGGCGUGAGAUACAUGAUAAAUAGCUCAGUUUGAAACGUAUUACAACCUUGCAACAGAAUGCCAAGGUUUUCUAAAACUGGCGGGAAUUUGAGGUGUUGAAUUUUUAGUCAUCUAAGAAUUGAAAAUAUUGCCUUAGUACAUCAAUAUUUCCAGCAAUCCUCCUGGAAGCUCAAAGUGGACAGCGUAUGGACAGAAAAGGUCCGAAUCGCCAAGGAAGAGUGGUACAUCAGUGAUACCGCCUCACCAUUCACCUACGUUCCUUCAGCCAUCUUCAAAGAUAUUACCAGCAAGAUCGAGGUGGUUGUCAGUGGCGGCUACUACACUGUCAACUGUGAUGCCGUUAAACAGUUGAAAAGUGUCACAUACACCAUUGGAGGGCACAAUUAUACUGUGCCAGCAAGCGAAUUGGUCUUGGAGGUGAGAUUUUUAGACUUGAAAUCUUCAAAAAUUGCAUUAUUAGUUCUUUUCCCAAGGCGCUUUGCCAAACUUUUUCAUAAUCUCUUGUAUUCCAAGCACUUUCAUAUUAAUCUUGAUAAAAGUUUUCCAACCCUGAUCGACUGAUCGACGCCAACAGAUUUGUUGAACAGUUUGAUAAAAAUCAACCGUAACCCCACACUUUUUUGGCCUAGGUUGUUUCACGUGGGCACAGGGACAAAACCGCUUAUAACUAACUGAAAAGAUAAGGGGGAGAGAAGAUAAGAGUGGCGCUACUUGCAGGAAAUUUACAAAUUGGAAGUCGAUCAAAAAAUAAAUUUUGAGUUUGAAUUCAACGAUAAAAAUCGCAAUCAACAAGAAAAUUUGAGUUUACUAUAUCUAAUCAAACCAAACUUCGACUAAAUAAAUCAUACAUAUUUUCAGAUGCAAGAAGGUGGCAGUAAGUGCGUGCUGGCCGUAACGAACGAUGAGAAAGUGUUGGGCGAGCCGUUUAUCCGCCGAUACUGUCAUGUGUACGAUUAUGGAUCAAAAAGGAUCGGACUGACCGAAUCAAAGAAACCAGAACCCCUUAGGGCGUUUAGAAAACAACUUGAGAGCAAGUUUUGGGGCUAA